AUGAAGAAGGACCAAGCAAAUGCUGCUGAAUCUAAGAAAAAAGUCGACGACCUGUGUGCUAUGCUAUCCGAAUACAACAUGGUGGAAAAUCCUUGCGAAUGGCAGAUGGAUUUUGGUGCCUACCGCCAUGUUUGUACUAAUAAGGAGUUAUUUGCUGCUUUUGCUCCAGCUCAAGGAGGAGAAAAAAUCUACAUGGCAAACUCAGCUACUGCAAAAGUAGAAGGAACAGGAAAGACAAGUUGUGUCGGAACUUCUCAACAAAAUAGACGAGUUGAAAGAGAACACAGACACAUUCUUGAAGUAGCUAGAGCAUUGCGAUUUCAAGCACAACUUCCUAUUGAAUUUUGGGGAGAAUGUGUUUUGACUGCGGAUGUAAUUUUUCAUGAACAUAUUUUUCCUCUUAGAACUGGGAUAUUCCAUGUUGACACAUCUAAGGCCUCAAUAAAGGAUGAACCCCUCGCCUUUUAUGAUACAUCCCUUCUCAUCCAACAGAAAUCCCCUUCGCGUGACAAUAACAAUUUAAAUGUACACCAGGACAUUAUUGUGGACACCGUAAACAAAAGCUCUCAUGAUAAUGUUGUGGACAUGGGGAGUGCGUCUCAAUCUGCAGGAAUUCCUUCAUUGGAAACUGAUGCUUUAGGUCGUGGUCAUAGGGAAAAACGACCCCCUUCUCAUUUGCAGGAUUAUGAUUGCACCUCUGGAAAAGAACACAUCCUAUCUCGCCAAAGGGUCUCCUCAGGUACUCCUUAUCCUCUUGCUAACUUUGUCACUUGUGAUAAUUUUUAUAAUACCUACAGGACUUUUCUUGCUUCUAUUACUUCGGGAAAUGAGCCUCGCUCUUUUCGGGAAGCAAUGAAAGAUCCUCAUUGGCGGGAUACUAUGCAAAAAGAGAUUGAUGCAUUAGAGAAAUGGACUGAAAUUGAAUAUUUUGUGAAUCUCAAGGAUGCAUCAUCGUCGCUGAGGGUUUCUAUCAAAAGUUCUGUCAUAGCUGGAGAUUUAGUCUGCCUAGACUUAUCGCAGUUGGUGAUUUCUAAAGCUUGA